CGCGGUGGAAACUUCAAACUGCGUGUUACGGAAGAUGAAAGAGUCUUGAGUGUGAAGUCGGAGAUCUACCAUGAGCAACGAAUUCUGAAGGACAAACAAACCCUGAUAUUUGGCGGUUUCAUUCUUGAAGAUUCCUACCAACUGAAGGCGUAUGGCCUCAAGGAUGGUUCUUCCCUAUUCCCCAGCCUUCCCUUGGACUUUGCAGGGGAUAUUUCGGUGAGCAUAACCCUGCCGUCUGGAGUCGAGGUAAGGCCUUGGAUCCAUGAAAAGGCCACUGUGGACGACCUGAAAGAACAGCUGCGUCACUUGUGUCAACUGCCUGUGUAA